AUGUCUCCAAAUCGAUGGGAAAAGACGAAGAGCAUCUCAAAAAAGGGAUUUGACAAAGCAUGGGACACCGUUGACAAGCUCGGCGGCCCCGUUAAUCGCCUAUCGCACAAGCUGGGCGCCGAAGCCUUCUGGCCCAUGACACUUGACAAGGAAGCCGACAAAGCCGCGCGCAUCCUACGUAGCUUCUGCAAAGACGGCUUCUAUUCCCCCGAUUCCUCAAUCGGUACCGAUGAGAAUGGCAAGAUCAACCGCCCAAAGGGCAAGCAGCGCGUUAUCAAGAAGAUCCCAUCACAAGUCCUCAAAAAUGCCAAGGGAGUUGCCAUUUUCACGACCAUGCGCACAGGUCUGUGGAUGAGUGGUUCUGGGGGUAGUGGCGUACUGAUCGGCCGCCUUCCCGAGACAGACGCAUGGAGCCCGCCAUCUGGCAUCAUGCUGCACACUGCUGGGAUAGGUUUCCUUGCGGGCGUUGAUAUUUAUGAUUGCGUUGUAAUCAUCAACACCUAUGAAGCGCUGAAUGCAUUCAAGAAAUUCCGCUGUACGCUCGGGGGUGAGGUCAGCGCAGCCGCGGGCCCCGUAGGUAUAGGUGGUGUCCUUGAGUCCGAGGUGCACAAACGCCAGGCCCCAAUUUGGACAUAUAUGAAGAGCAAAGGGCUGUACGCAGGUGUCGCCAUCGAUGGCACUAUUAUGAUUGAGCGAACUGACGAGAACGAGCGCUUUUACGGCGAGCGGGUAUCCGUCGACGAGAUUCUAUCCGGCAAAGUCCGGCAUCCACCCCGCGAACUCCAAACCCUCAUGCAGACCUUGAAGGCCGCACAGGGUGACUCUGACGUCGACGAGAGUCUGAUCCCGCCACCGGGUGAAACACCUGGUGAUGUGGAGCUGAUGGAUGACGGGAAAUCGGCUUUCGGCGUGCCGGCCGUAGACGACCCCGAUCCGUAUGGAGUGAAGGCGCUGGAGGCGGAGGGGCUUUUCAUCCGCGAGGCUGGUACAAAGGUGAGACCAAGCCAUGAGACAUUUGAAUUCCGGCCCAACCUGGACAGUCCCAUCUAUAGCACUUUCUCGCGACGCAGCAUGGAUAGCUCGCCACGCAACAGCUGGCGCGCGAGUGUUCAGAGCUCCAGAAGCUAUGCUAGUGUCGACCGUGGCACGCAAACGGAUGACGCCCCGCUAACUGAGCCCACAUCAGUAAGCCGUGCUUCUUCCCGCAGCGCGAAGGGAUCGCCCAUUGGCCGUUCACCGAUGGAUGCCUGGGCCGAAAAUGAGGAUUCUCACUGGGACACGAUUGCUAUCCAUGGCGAGGAAGAGCAGGUUAAGGUCCGCCAAUUGGAGGGUGAUGAGGCAGAGGAUAGGAGAGCGAAAGCGAACGCCUGCGAAGAUGCAUACGAUGACCCCGAGUUUGAGGAUGAAGAUGAGCAUUAUGAGGUUCACGAGGUUGGAAAUGCCACGGUCACACCAAGGGAGAGCGUCCCGCCCACGCCCACGAAGGUGGAAGACCAGACGACAGACGGUGACACCAAGCCUACGUCGCCGAGCUUCACCCGGGCUCGCCUGGUCACAAUUCCCGCGCGCACCCCACCUGCCUUGCCUCCGCGGCACCCACGCCACCUCCCAGGCUCUGGCUCAAGCCGUGCCUCGACAUCGCCCACGGGGCGCUCUUAUUCAAGCCACAACACUUCGCCCACAGACGUCACGGAGGCGGCAGAGAAUCUCGAACAGUUGGACGAGUCACCCAACGCGCUUCCUUCCCCGGAGAAUGCCAAGACGUUACCUGAACUUCAUAUCACAAGCGAUGAUGAAGAGUUUGUUGACACGAAAUCGGAGCCCGUGGCCGAGAAGGAGGAGUUCCAAUCUGCCAACGGCGAACCAGAGAUUGAAGAUAAGAUCAUUACCCUCGAAGAUCGCACUGCCACCGAGGCCGCCGAGCAGGAGAGCAAGACGUACAAAGAGGACGCGAAGGUACUCGAGCCCGAGCAAUCUCCUCAACUCGAAAAGUCUCCCGAUGUCCCCAAGCUUGCACCUAACAUCGAGGGUACCCCGGAGGUCGAAGAGACCCUCGACAAGAUCGAAGCUAAGCUUGAAGCUGAAAUCGACCAACCCGAAGGGCAGAAGUCUGAGAAGUCAUAUUCACACGUCCUUGCUGACCGCGAAGAACAUCAAGAGUCCCCCGGUGGGACCAAAGUCGAUACCACCGAUGCCACCUUGCCUCAUGUCAGGGCUCAGUGA